AUCAUAUCCUCAGCCGUGUUCGAUUUGCUUAUAAAUUCCUACAACAUCCACAUACUCCUUACAUCAGUUCACCUGUUCUCUUCAUUUGUUGUGUUGUGUUUUUGGAUUUGAAGCUCAAGAGUCUCUGUACAGAGUACAAAUAUGAAGGAAGGAACCGCUACGUUCAUAGAUAUCAUCUUGGCCAUCAUCCUCCCUCCACUCGGCGUCUUCCUCAAAUUUGGCUGCCAUGUGGAGUUCUGGAUCUGUUUGUUGUUGACUUUCUUGGGCUACAUUCCAGGAAUUAUAUAUGCUAUAUAUGUCAUCACCAAGUAAAAUUGAUCCAUCUAUGUUCAUCCACUCUUCUUUUCACUCGGUAUGGCUUGUAGAUGUGAAGGCUUACCGAUGAAAGAGGAUUUGGAUAUGAUGACUCAUGUUGAAGAUUUUUUCAUGCUUGUGUAGUGGACAUAUUUAUAGAUAUAUGUUUUGUUUAUAAUUUUCUGUUCUUGUCAAGGGGUCUAUAUUAGUUCAUUGUGUCUUUUUAUGGGAUUAUCUUUUGUGUCUAGUGACUGGUGGGGUUUGCAUAUUGAUUAUUUUAUUGUAUUGGUGAGAUCUUGGCUCUUUUUAAAUGUGAUUUGAUGAUUGUGUGUUCUCAA